AUGAAGUUCAGCAUCCUUGCUCUCUCGGCCUUGCUGGCUUUCGCUGCUGCCGCAGACACUACCACCUGCUACCAUGUGCCCUGUCCCAGCGAGAACCAGGUAAAUGACACCAACGACUGUGUUUCUGCCUGUCCCAAGGGCACUGGCUCUCCGGCCGACAUCCAGAAGUACGCCGAGUGUGAGCAGUCCUGCUAUAACUCGCACUUCUGGGGUGGCAAUGGCAGUAGUGCAACUGCUACCCACUCUUCCACAACCUCCACUGGCACCGGCAGCACUGCCACACAGACUAGCUCCGACUCGUCGAGCACUGAUUCCAAGACUUCGGGCAACAAUGAUAGCAAUGAGAACAACGACAACGAUGACUCUUCCUCCUCGGGCACUGCUACCAGCUCCUCUGGAUUCUCGCAGCAGACCGCUAACGGUGCUGCUAAUACCAAGCUCGGCGCCUCCGCUGCUGGCCUCUUGGGCCUGGUUGUUGCUGCCUUUGCUCUGUGA